AUGUCGGGUACGAAAAAGACACGAAACAGUAAUACGGAAAAUCUAGUACCCCCUUUCGAUUUAGGUAAAGUUAACCCCUCGCAAUUACCCCCUGACGAGCUCCAAGCUCUCCGUGAGUACCUUGAAUCAGGAACCGUAACUGAUCCCCGAGCGUUAGACGUUUCAAAAGCCCUUCACAAGGCGGAAAAAGCUUUAAAAAGGGCAAGAGAACUAAAAGACGAAAGAAAUCCGGAACUACCUGACAGAACAAUGGUGAACGACCAGCGAGAACAGGUGGAAUUAUUACAACGACAGCGAGACGAGUUAGCACAGCAACAAGAGGCACAUCAACAACUGUUUCAACAGCAAAUGGACCAACUGCAACGACAGACAGAGGAUUUGCGAAUACAACGAGAGGACAUCGCACGGCAAACAGCACUUCUACUACAGCAGCAACAGGCGGCAGCAAAUCCGGUAGGAGGACCACUGCCAAACCAGGUAAGAAAUAAUGGUAAUGACGGCGGGGGUCAAGCGCAAAACGUAAAUCCACCAGUAAAUGUAGUAAUACCUCAAUCUAUAAAAUAUGCACUAGAGGCGGUUCCUUAUUUUAACGGACACAAUAUACCUUUAUCGCAUUUUAUCGAAGGGUGUAAAGAAGCUUUUAGCUAUGAUCGCGCCCGGGAACGAGAACAGCCUCGAUUAAAACCGGAGAUAGAACAACGUAUUGAUGAUAGGGGUACCUUUGCUGAAGUAUUACUCGAUGCCGUUAAAAUUGAGAAAGAAAUUCGCGCAAAAGAUUUACUGAGGGGUAAAACUUCCUCACGACGCGAUAUAAAACCAUUCUCGGCCCCAACUCUUGAAUACGAUUUACCUAAAAGGUCGCAACUCGGACAUCCGAAUAAUAAUACAAAGAGUAACAAUUUUAACCGAGUACAUUUCGCGGAUAAUAAAAGCCCGAAUAAUUACAGGAACUUUGAUGUCACUAGCAGGGACCAAACUAAUAAUUCAGGGCGUAAUUAUAACGGCAAUAAUUAUAAUAACAAUUCCAAUCAAGGUCCUUACGUUUAUAGACAACUUAGUAACUCUAACCCAUACAAUAAUCGCUAUAACAAUAAUUCUAAUAACAAUCGAGAACCUUACACAGGAAAUGUAAAUAAUCCCGGUUCUUUUAACAAUCGUUUCAAUAAUAACAAUCAAAAUGCAUAUCGCUAUAAUAACAAUAAUAAUAAUAAUAAUAACCAAACUCCGUACCGAUAUAAUAAUAAUAACAACAAUAACAGUCAAAUCCCGUACCGUUAUAAUAAUAAUAAUAACAAUAAUAACUACCAAAAACCAUUUGGAAAUCAAUCUUAUAACGGAUAUAAUCCGCGUAACAAUAAUUCAAAUCAAUUCGGUACGACUAAUAAUAAUAACACUAAUGACCGAAAUAAUUUUGUCAAACCUAAUUACGAACAAGCCAGGUCAACGAAUAGUCAGCCGCCUAGAGAACCGGUUUGUUACUACUGUAAAAUGCCUGGACAUUUCAUGGUAGACUGCGCGAAAAGACGGGAAAUAAAUAAUCGCGGAAGAGAUUUGGAUUCUCAGCCAGGUCCCUCAAAUUAUAUGCGUGACAACAAUAAUGGGUCGGGAAACGGUCAACCCCUCCUGCGACAGGGGGCAGCGCGGGAAACUGGGGGACAGGAACGCCCUGUGUUACAGGUGAUUUCGGAGGAGAUAGACAGGGAAACACUGUCAGACGAGUACGAGUGGCAGUUGUAA